AUGCCACAACGUUGGCCUCCAGAGUUUUCUUUGAACUCCUGCCAUUCACCUUUUCUCUCAGGGCACUGUACUACCAAACCUGACUUGAUCUUCAAGUUGGAGCGAGGAGCAGAGCCAUGGAUGGUGGAAGAAUGCCUGAAUCAGAGCCUUUCAGGAUUGAAGCCUGAGGAAUGCAAUAAAUGUCACACUGUGUAUACCCCCAGUGGGCCUGAUCAACUACAGGUUGGAGAGAAAUUUGAUAACACUAAGAUACCUGGAAAUUCUCUCCAGUUCUGUGAGCCUCUUGCUCAGCAUGACAAUAUCCACAUCAUGAAACAGCCAUUUGGACCCACUGGACAAGCAAAAGUCUUCACAACAAAGGUGUUCUGUAAAUCUGAGAGGGUUCAUAUGGCAGAAAACUGUAAUAAAUCAACUGUCACUUUUGGAAAAUCAUAUCUUGCAAUAAAUGACAGACUAAAUACAAGGGUAAAACUCUACACAUGUAAACUUUGCGGAAAACCACUCAGUUUUAAUUCACCUUAUGAAUGUAAUGACUGUGAAAAAGCCUUUGGACAAAAGUCACACCUCAUAAACUAUCAGCGAAGUCACACAGAAGAGAAACUUUAUAAAUGCCUUCAUUGUGGAAAAGGCUUUCUGUGGAAGUCAGUCCUCAUAGUACACCAGAGAAUUCACACAGGGAAGAAACCUCAUAAAUGUAAUGACUGUGGAAAAGCCUUUGGAAGAAAGUCAGACCUCCUCAUACACCAGAGAAUUCACACAGGAGAGAAACCCCAUAAAUGUAAUGACUGUGGAAAAGCCUUUGGACGAAAGUCGAACCUUGUAAUGCACCAGAGAAUUCACACAGGGGAGAGACCCUUUGAAUGUAAUGACUGUGGAAAAGCCUUUGGACGAAAGUCACACCUCCUCAUACACCAGAGAAUUCACAUAGGAGAGAAACCUCAUAAAUGUAAUGACUGUGGAAAAGCCUUUGGACGAAAGUCGAACCUUGUAAUGCACCAGAGAAUUCACACAGGGGAGAGACCCUUUGAAUGUAAUGACUGUGGAAAAGCCUUUGGAAGAAAAUCAGACCUCCUCAUACACCAGAAAAUUCACACAGGGGAGAAGCUUCAUAAAUGCAAUGACUGUGGAAAAGCCUUUGGAAGAAAGUCAUGCCUCAUAGCACACCAGAGAAUUCACACAGGGGCGAGACCAUUUGAAUGUAAUGACUGUGGAAAAGCCUUUGGACAAAAGUCAAACCUUGUAAUGCACCAGAGAAUUCACACAGGAGAGAAACCUCAUAAAUGUAAUGACUGUGGAAAAGCCUUUGAACAAAAGCCAGACCUCAUGAAACAUCAGAAAAUUCACACAGGGCAGAAACCUCAUAAAUGUAAUGACUGUGGAAAAGCCUUUGGACAAAAGUCAUGCCUCAUAGUACACCAGAGAAGUCACACAGGGGAGAGACCCUUUGAAUGUAAUGACUGUGGAAAAGCCUUUGGACGAAAGUCAAACCUUGUAAUGCACCAGAGAAUUCACACAGGAGAGAAACCUCAUAAAUGUAAUGACUGUGGAAAAGCCUUUGGACAAAAGUCAUGCCUCAUAGUACACCAGAGAAGUCACACAGGGGAGAGACCCUUUGAAUGUAAUGACUGUGGAAAAGCCUUUGGACGAAAGUCAAACCUUGUAAUGCACCAGAGAAUUCACACAGGAGAGAAACCUCAUAAAUGUAAUGACUGUGGAAAAGCCUUUGGAAGAAAGUCAGACCUCAUGAAACAUCAGCAAAUUCACACAGGGGAGAAACCUCAUAAAUGUAAUGACUGUGGAAAAGCCUUUACACAAAAGUCACAUCUCAUCAUACACCAGAUAAUUCACACGGGGCAGAAACCUCAUAAAUGUGAUGACUGUGGAAAAGCCUUUGGACGAAAGUCAGAUCUCAUAAUGCACCAGAGAAUUCACACAGGGGAGAGACCCUUUGAAUGUAAUGACUGUGGAAAAGCCUUUGGACGAAAGUCAGAUCUCAUAAUGCACCAGAGAAUUCACACAGGGGAGAGACCCUUUGAAUGUAAUGACUGUGGAAAAGCCUUUGGACGAAAGUCAAACCUCCUCAUACAUCAGCGAAUUCACACAGGGGACAAACCUCAUAAAUGUAAUGACUGUGGAAAAGCCUUUGGAAGAAAGUCACACCUCCUCAUACAUCAGGGAAUUCACACAGGGGAGAAACCUCAUAAAUGUAAUGUCUGUGGAAAAGCCUUUGAACAAAUGUGA